AUGACGACUGCUUCGACCUCAACCAACGACCACGCCGCGACGGCCCCGCAAUUGCCCCCGAUGCAACUCUCCGGCGCCCUAGACACGACGGCGUGUACCACUUACGAUGGCGCCUUGUUCGGCAUCUCUGCCGAAAUGAUCAAGUGGGCGAAGGAUCGCAAGGAUCGUCCGAUGUCGUGUCUGUGCCGACACCAACAAGUCAAGAUGAGUCUGAACUAUGGUGUGGCCCGAUGCCCGUUAUUACAUCACUGCAGACGUGCCCAUCGACGAUCAAACCAUCCGCCUGUGGACGCUCAACAAGAUUCGUCUCCUUCUUGCGGCGAGCGAUCGAACUUUGGCCUUCUUUGAUCUUCCCGAGCUGACCGCAGACGAAGUGCGGCUGUUCGAUCGUCUCGAGGAACGGCUUUCCCGUUUCGAUCGCCAGCAGUGUGCGCAAGAUGCCGAAGCGGCGCGUGCCCGUCUGAACCAUGACCAACGAAUUGCAUUUGACGGAUUUCUUCGCACGGUCGAGCUCGAUGUCGUCGAUCAGAUGCGCGACGACAACCUUGGGCCGCAGCAUGUGUUUGUCCUCUUCGGUCGGACCCUACGGUGCUACGCCAGGGCGCAUCUCGCGGCCGGUGUUCCCUUCUCGCGGUCCACUGCCACCGCAACACGGUCGUGA